AUGGAGGAAUUUUGCACUUCUCUCGACUCUAGAACACCCGAGUCCAAACUGUGGAAACUAGUAAAAAGUAUUGAUAAAAGUCAGCCUCAAUCUGAGAGCUGUUUUACUCAUCUUUUGAUGGAAGGAGUUGUCAUCUGUACACAUAGGAACCUAUCACAAUCUCAUCCUCUAUUUAAGCUACUAGCUCCUCAUUUCCUUUUCCUCCUAGCCAUCAACAGCCGAGGUCUAGAAAAGCUUAUUUGCGUUAAUGGAUGGGUAGACAAAACUAUGACCGUUGGUUGCAAAGGAAUGUUUGAGCUUAUGAAAAAGGGAAUGAGAGUAUGGCAUUUUAAUGUACACGGAAUGGUGCCAAAUGAAAUAAAAUCCAGAGGAGUUGAAAAGGAUGUACUGCCAAAAUAUCCUUACAGAGAUGAUGCUGUCCAAAUAUAUCACACAAUACGAAGAUACGUGGAGAAAACGGUCCAUUGUUUUUAUGAUAAAGAAGACAAAGUCGUAAAUGAUUAUGAGCUUCAACAAUGGAGAGCUGAACUAGUCAAGGACCGUAAGCUUGGAGGUUGUGGAUUUUUGGGUGUUCCUGGCGAAGAAAACAACAGAUUCACGAACUCAGAAGAAGUAAUUGAUACCAUAACAGCUAUUAUUAGUAUUUGUAGCUUAGGACAUGCAGCGGCAAAUUUUCAACAGUAUGAUGAAUAUGCUUUUCCACCAAACUAUCCAGGAAUUUUGUAUGGAGACCCACCACGAGAUAAAGCACCUGUGACUGAAAACGAUAUUCUGAACAAAAUUCCAACCAAGCAAACAACCUUGGAUAUUAUGACUAUCACAAAAAUCCUAAGCACUAAAGCUACAAAAUCCUUAGGAGACUUUGAAAUACAAUUCAUGUAUAAUCCAAUUUGUGUUAAAGCAGCAGAAGAAUUUCGAGAAGAAUUGGCACAAAUAAGUCGGCAAAUAAAGCUACGAAACAGAUCUGAAGCUUUUCCUUAUGACUGGUUAGAUCCUGAAUACAUUCCUAAUGCAAUUAGUAUCUAGAACUUGUGAAUACUGCAUUUUAGGCUGAAACAGUCUCAGAAAUAUCCAUGACGAAUCUUGACGACGCAUACUGUGUUGCCUCACAGAAUGAUUGGCAAGAAUAUAUAUGUGUCUUAACUGUGUAUCACGUCAAAGAUGUGCAUAAGGAAAUCAUGUUAAGUUUGUGCAGAAUACUUAUUCAUCAACACACAGUCUAUUGUGGUUGAAAGUUGUAGCAUUUCUCGGAAGAACAGAUAUUAAAAACGUUACUACCAGAGAACUGCGGAAAACAGCUCAAACAGUAUACAAAAUAACAGUUCAGAUAGCAUAUAAGGUUGAAUGUUGUAAAAAAUAUAUUUUUACGAUUGAUUAAGUUUCAGUUGUAUAAAAUGAGUUAUUUACUGGUGUAAAUUACUAAUGUAUGCUAUAUUUUUGCAUUCUUGAAGGAAUUUAACUGUAUGGUAUUCCAGUGCAUGAAUUGAUGAUUCAACAGUAUAUCAUAUUUGAAAUAGUGCAGGAUUGUUACUUUUAUUAAAAAAAAAAAAAAAAAACUCUAAAUGAAUCAUAACCGAGCUUUAUUCAACAUGAAAUAAUCAGUUAUAAAGCAAUUUCAAUAAAUAUAGGAGGUGUAAAUAAUUGCAUAACGUAAUCAUAAAAAUAUUGCUUUUGACACUUCGUUUUUAAUGAAGUAAGGAAUUGUGUAUUUAAUGGUUUUAGCGUUAAAUGUAAGUUAUCUCAUCAUUAAAAUUUUACAGAACAUG